GACAGUAUUGCUGGCUGAGCUUUCUCCUUCCCUUUCACAUGGAACGAGGCGGAGAAGCGCGGCGCGCUCGGUCGGGCCCCUGCUAAGGCAGCUGUUUUAAAGGUCCAGUCCGCACCGUCCCCCUUCGGUGGCUGCGCUACCUGAGUAGUACUCCCUCCGGAGCAUCCGAAAAAGCGUCCAAGGAUUCUGCCGAAUCCUGAUGCUGCUCAUUCUGGCGUUGUCUUUGGCUCUCACAUAUGAUGUUGUGUAUGGGAGCAUUUCCUGCUAUGGCGACUCUGGGGAGCGUGUGGACUGGUUUAUUGUUUACAAGCUGCCAAAGUCCCACCACAGUUCCCCAGUAGAAGGUAUGCGGUACAUGUAUCAAGAUGGACGUACCCAGGGCUGGGUGAAAGGCAGGAGCUUGAUGAACAGUACUGAGGGAGCUGUGGGCAGAACACUGAAUCAGCUGUACCUGGAGGCAGCAAACAGGCAGAGGGAGGAAGAGAUGGCCUAUGUGCUGUACAACGAUGAGCCUCCAAAGGAGACUUUCUCUGGUUCUAAGGGUCAUACAAAAGGGGUCAUCCUCCUGGACAGAACUCAAGGAUUCUGGCUUGUUCACAGCACACCUCGGUUUCCUCCCAGACUGGAUGAGAAGGAGUAUGCAUGGCCCCACACUGCCCUGACUUACGGACAGAGCUUUCUGUGUGUCACUUACCCCUAUAGCCAGUUCAAAGCCAUUGGGAAUCAGCUGCUCUUCACGGAGCCCCGUGUCUAUGAUUACCAGGUGCAAGGGGCCUUUGCCCGGGAUCUGCCUGCCUUGUUGAAUGCUUCUGAGGGAGAACAUGUACAGGAGGAGCCUUGGAAUUCCCAGGUGACUCUGACAUCAAAAGGGGGCAAGGAAUUUGUCAGCUUUGCAAAAAUCGGCUUCUUUGAUGAUGAUCUGUACUCUGGCUGGCUGGCCCAGGCUCUUGCUACUGAUCUCUACGUUGAGUUCUGGCUCAAGUCUCCAGGGGUUUUGGCAUCCAACUGCUCUGGACAGUACAGAGUCUACAAUGUGGAGCAACUGGCUUUCCAGGACCCAGCUACCAGCUUCUUUUCCACGUCGGACCAUUCCAAGUGGUGUGUUGGAGUAGAGAGUGAUUCGGGGUGGGCCUGUGUUGGAGACAUGAACCGUAAUCAUGCAGAGGAACACCGUGGGGGUGGUACCAUCUGUUGCCAUGAUGUCACAAUUUGGAAGAGCUUUCACUCCUUGGUACAGAACUAUACCGAUUGUGAUACAACUGGAUAUGGACUCUAAUUGGCUCAGGUUGUCUAGGUUAUUAAGGGAGCAGAAUCCAGUUCAUUGGGAAAGAGGGCUAAAGGAUGAUUUGAAGGAGUAGGUGUCCCUGCCUCUCUCCUUCACAGCAUAUUAAUGCCCUACAUAGCGUAAUGCAGGGAGUUGUGCUGUUGCUUUGCUCGCCCUUAUUUUUUAGAAAGUUAAUUUCCAGCCAUGGUUCCUUUGUGUUCUGGACUGUUUCCAUUACUAUUUUUUCCUGCCCCAUAGUAACAUUUCCAAGGAGUUACAUGAGCUAUAUGGAAAAAUACAGAAGGAAAUUCUUUUCCUGAAAUAAAAAUGUAUACGGUGUUUAUUUUACGUAAUUUUCCAAAAUCUGGGUAUUCCAAGGAAAAUACUUUUCUGUAGCAGAUUCUAGGUGUGUGAGAGAACUAGGUUGACCUGAGGAUAAGCCUCCCUUCUCCCUUCUUGAGUAAUGGGAAAGUCUUUAAACAAGGCCACGGUAGCUGGUUUAAAUACAGCAUCUCUUAAACCACAGCAACCACAAACCUACUGAAUACCUUCCACGUGUGUAUCAAAGUUCGGUAUAUUUAUAGAAUACAUGGUCUAGAAAGUAACUCAAUUUGAAAUCAGAGCGACUUGCUCCCCUCUCUUGUUCUUGGCUAGCCCAUGAAUAUAGUUUCAUUGCCCAGCAGGCCAUGCCAGAGGAUCUCCCACAAACAUAGCCAUGGAUAAAAGAAGCAGAGUCUUUCAGAAUGAGAAAAAGAAUACCAGAGACAAAAUGAAUAAAAGCUAAAA